AUUGACUCUUAUUUACACAAAUCAGAGAGAAAAAAGAGAAAGAGACAGCAGCAGAAGGAGAGACAGACAACAGUAGAAGGAGAGAGAGGAGAGAGACAGCAGCAGAAGGAGAGAAAGACAGACAGCAGCAGAAGGAGAGGGAGGAGAGAGACAGCAGCAGCAGGAGAGAGAGGAGAGAGACAGCAGCAGCAGGAGAGAGAGGAGAGAGACAGCAGCAGGAGAGAGAGAAGAGAGACAGCAGCAGAAGGAGAGAGAGGAGAGGGACAGCAGCAGCAGGAGAGAGACAGCAGCAGAAAGAGAGAGACAGCAGCAGGAGAGAGAGGAGAGAGACAGCGGCAGAAGGAGAGAGACAGCAGCAGAAGGAGAGAGAGGAGAGAGACAGCAGCAGAAGGAGAGAGAGGAGAGAGACAGCAGCAGCAGGAGAGAGAGGAGAGAGACAGCAGCAGCAGGAGAGAGACAGCAGCAGAAAGAGAGAGACAGCAGCAGGAGAGAGAGGAGAGAGACAGCAGCAGAAGGAGAGAGACAGCAGCAGGAGAGAGAGGAGAGAGACAGCGGCAGAAGGAGAGAGACAGCAGCAGAAGGAGAGAGAGGAGAGAGACAGCAGCAGCAGGAGAGAGACAGCAGCAGAAAGAGAGAGACAGCAGCAGCAGGAGAGAGAGGAGAGAGACAGCAGCAGGAGAGAGAGGAGAGAGACAGCAGCAGAAGGAGAGAGAGGAGAGAGACAGCUGCAGCAGGAGAGAGAGGAGAGAGACAGCAGCAGAAGGAGAGAGAGGAGAGAGACAGCUGCAGCAGGAGAGAGAGGAGAGAGACAGCAGCAGAAGGAGAGAGAGGAGAGAGACAGCUGCAGCAGGAGAGAGAGGAGAGAGACAGCAGCAGAAAAAGAGAUACAGCAGCAGCAGGAGAGAGAGGAGAGAGACAGCAGCAGGAGAGAGAGGAGAGAGACAGCUGCAGCAGGAGAGAGAGGAGAGAGACAGCAGCAGAAAAAGAGAGACAGCAGCAGCAGGAGAGAGAGGAGAGAGACAGCAGCAGGAGAGAGAGGAGAGAGACAAGAGCAGAAGGAGAGAGAGGAGAGAGACAGCUGCAGCAGGAGAGAGAGGAGAGAGACAGCAGCAGACGGAGAGAGACAGCAGCAGAAAGAGAGAGACAGCAGCAGACGGAGAGAGACAGCAGCAGACGGAGAGAGACAGCAGCAGAAAGAGAGAGACAGCAGCAGCAGGAGAGAGAGGAGAGAGACAGCAGCAGAAGGAGAGAGAGGAGAGAGACAACAGCAGAAGGAGAGAGAGGAGAGAGACAGCAGAAGGAGAGAGAGGAGAGAGACAGCUGCAGCAGGAGAGAGAGGAGAGAGACAGCAGCAGAAGGAGAGAGACAGCAGCAGAAAGAGAGAGACAGCAGCAGCAGGAGAGAGAGGAGAGAGACAGCAGCAGAAGGAGAGAGAGGAGAGAGACAACAGCAGAAGGAGAGAGAGGAGAGAGACAGCUGCAGCAGGAGAGAGAGGAGAGAGACAGCAGCAGAAGGAGAGAGACAGCAGGAGAGAGAGGAGAGAGACAGCAGCAGAAGGAGAGAGACAACAGCAGAAUGAGAGAGAGGAGAGAGACAGCAGCAGAAGGAGAGAGAGGAGAGAGAGCAGAGAGACAGCAGCAGAUGAUGGAAAGGAGAACAAGAUCACCAGCAGAGAGGCUGGACCCCACAGAGCAGGGAGCUACAGCCUGCCCUGCACCGGAUAUUAAACCUGAGACUGAAGAGACAUCACUUUGCACGGAUGAUGGGAAAUCUCCUCCAUACAAACGGACCAGAAGCCAGACCAAGGGAUCGUUCACAAUUCAUCUUACAAACAAUUCUUUAAGCGAAGAAAGCUUUUAUGAUGAUGAAAUCCUGUCGGAUGUCUUGAACAAAAAUUUUACGUUAAACAAGCUGAAGAGAAACAAAAAGAGAAACCAGCUGCUGAUCACUGGGCAGAAAUUCUUGACUGGAAUUGUUCCUCUCCACCUGCCAUGCAGUUUUAUAACCAACCAAGAGUGUUUUAAAAUUUUAUUCAUUGCAGGCGAGGAAGGGAGUAGUUGGAGGCAGGGUUGGGAUCCAAACACACCUCAAAGAGUAAAACACAUAGUUUUUUACAUAGAGCCCAAAGGAAGAGCAAAGAGAAAAAUCGUGAAAAACAAUCACGUUAACCAACAGGGUGGAAAGCUGUGCGUUUAUGCCUUUGAGGGGGAGACAGUUCUGCAGGCUUUGCACAGGGAUGGCAGAUUUGAGGACGUGGUUUUCAAAAAGAGGUGUCAACUGAGUGAAGUUGAUACUAGUAUAAAUGUUGAAAUGCAUGUUUCUGUGAAUAUACUGGAUAAGAGGAAGUUCACACUGAUUGUUUCAAAUGAAGAUGUACCAGACAGUCAGCAGGUGCUCUGUAACACAGGGCCGAGCAGUAAGGCUACUGCUGAUCAUCAGGCUCCCAGUAUAGCUACUGGUGAACCUCAGUCUACCAGUACAACUGCUGGAGAUUCACAGCCUCCCAGUUCAGGUAAUGGGGAUUCCCAGCCUGACAGAACAGCUAGAGGUACAGGUGAAGUAUACCACCUACCUGACACUGAAGGAGUGUGCGGGAUCCUCAGAUCUCAAAUGGAUGGUCUUAUUAAGAUAAUGAAUGAAAGAAAGAAAGAGACCAAAGAUAAUCGACCAAUCAGGGAGCUGCCAGCCAGAGCUCAUUACAAAAGUUUCUGUAACCUUUAAAUA